GUGAUAGGGGGGCUUUCCUCCGGUUUACUUAUUUGACUUAUUUGAUACUCAAAAAAGUAAAGGUUAAUGGCAAUGGAGGAGGCUAGAACGGAAAUGGGUGUUGAUCAAGAGGAGGAAGAAGAGAAGUGGGUAACCCACUAUUCAUCCAAGCAUCAAAUUCUCUUAGUCGGCGAAGGAGAUUUCUCCUACUCUUCGAGUCUGGCCUCUUCUUCUGGCUCUGCCUCUAACGUUUGUGCUACUUCUCUCGACUCAGAAAAUGAUGUCAUCAACAACUACAAGAAUGGCAAGUCGAAUUUGGAAAUUUUGAAGAAGCGGGACGCAACCAUUUUACACGGAGUUGAUGCAACCAAAAUGAAGAAUCAUGAUGACUUAAAAAAGUGCAGAUUUGAUCGAAUUAUCUUCAACUUCCCUCAUUCAGGCUUCCAUGGAGAUGAACGUGAAUACUGGGUGAUUCUGUAAGUUCUCAAGUUCAUGAUGUGUGUAUAAUUUAUUAUCAUUCUGGUUAUUUUUAAUGUCCUAUGUUGAUGAUACUGCAAGAAACAUAGGACUCUUGUGAGUGGAUUCUUCAGCAGUGCAAGCAGAAUGCUUCAAGUCAAUGGUGAAAUACAUGUGAACCACAAAAUCAAACACCCUUUUUGUUGUUGGAAUCUCGAGGAACUGGCUUCUGCAAAUUCUCUGGACCUGAUUGAGAGUGUUGAGUUCAAAAUAGGAGAUUCCCUGGUUAUAACAAUAAGUGAGGGUCUGGUUC